UCGUCAGGUGUGGAAGUCGUUCGCUCGUCUCCCGGUUCUCUGCACAGUCACCUGCUCUGCGCGCCGCGCUGGAGAGCAAUGAUUCUCAGGAGGGCCCUGGAUGCCGCUGUCUCUUGGUGAAUGUGUGCGUCGGCGAACUGUGUCCUCCCAACCCGGAGGAACUUUGAGGGGUUGGAUCCUCAGGGCAGGCUCCAUGCGGGGGUGGCGAUGGGCCCAGGGGGCCCCCAGCCUGGACCUCGCUCCAGGCUGCCUCACCUGCCUCACUCCGAGCCCGACAUGGACUUCUCCUGGCAGGAGCUGAUGGCUCUCGCAGAGCUGCACACACAAGCCUGUAUUGCACAGGCUCCACAGGAAUUUGAGGUCCCCGGAGAGGCCCCCUACGACCCUGCCGCCUCCUAUCUCCCCUCCCCUCAGCCCAUGAUGCCACCUGGGGGGUUCGGAGCCACCCAGCCCCUUGCUGAGCCCCCCAUGCCAGCCUGCGCGCUCCCCCCUGCCCCCUACCCAGACCUAAACUCGUCCUGCCAGAGACCGCAGAUGGGCAUCAUGCUGGGGGGGGGCUACGGGAGCACGAGCGCGGGGUACACCAGGCUGCUCCCGGCCCCCUCCUCCUCCCAAACCCCCUCCAGCCUCCACCUGCAGCCUCCCGCCCCGUCCCUGCCCCUCAUGGGCCUGCUAGAGCACCUGGUGCUGGCGGGGUCCGAGACAGGCCAGCCCAGGCAAGGAGUGGCCAAGCCACCCAACCAGGAGGAGCUGGAGUCGGACUCAGGCUUGUCCCUGGGCUCCAGCCCCGCCCUGCCAUCGCCUGGCAACCCGGGGGCGCUGUACCCCCCUGAGAGCGUGUGCUUCAGCGAGGCGGAGAGGGAGGGGGGGUCGUCGGGGACGAUGGGGGCUGACUUCGCAGAGCAGAUGUACCAGCUGGAAUACCAGCAAUACCAGAUGGGCCAGCAGGCUGCUUACAGCCCGGUGCUGCCUUCCUACGGGGCUCCAGCCCAGCAGCAGCAGCAGCAGCAGCAGCUCCACAGCCUGUGCAGUUUCAUGCCCGUCAGCAGCAGCAGCAGCAGCAGCAGCAGCAGCGAUGGCAAUGGGGUUAUGGUGGAGGCCAGAAAGCUGCCCCCCAGCCCUCGGCGGGACCUAAGCCGGGAUGAGAGGCGCGCCCUGGCCCUGAGCAUCCCCUUCCCCCUGGAUAGGAUCGUCAACCUGCCUGUGGACGACUUCAACGAGCUGCUGGCCCGCUGCCCGCUGAAUGAGAGCCAGCUGGCCCUUGUCCGAGACAUCCGCCGACGGGGCAAGAACAAGGUGGCCGCCCAGAACUGCCGCAAGAGGAAGCUGGAGAAUAUCAUGCAACUGGAGGGGGACCUGGAGCAGCUGCGCUCCGAGCGGGAGAGGCUGCAGAGGGAGCGGGCGGGCUGCGAGAAGGGGCUGGCGCUGAUGAAGGAGAGGCUCGGGAAGCUGUACGCCGAGGUGUUCGGGAGGCUCAGGGACGAGGAAGGCAGGCCCUACUCCUCGGAGGAUUACUCCCUGCAGCAGACCAGCGACGGCAGUGUGUUCCUGGUGCCGUGCAAGCAGGUGGAGGGGGGAGUGGACUGAGGGGGGGGAGCAGGACCCCCCGGGGCGGGGUUAAUGUUCAUGAGGGGUGGGCUUCACGGAGACUCUGACGUCUGGAACGGAAAGAAGGCUCCUGCUGCACUGCAGUUUGACUAUUUCUAGGUUACAGCAAGCUUGAUUCGCUCCGGUGUGCGUAAAUAACAAGUUCAGGUGUGUCUCGUAACAAAACUGAAAACGGAUCUGACUGAUCUGCAACGGGAGCCUCAUUUCCAUCCCAGCAAAACAUCCCUAGAAUAAAACCCUGGUCUAUAGGAAUGUAAAUAAGACUCCCAUUGCACAGCAUUUUGAUGAGUUUAAUGAGAAGACACACCUGAGCUUGUUGCCUGUACAC